UUAUUCUUAAAAUGCUGCUUUACUUGAAUUAGAUACAAUCAUUCUACAAUUUGAUACUAAGGUAGAUACUCAUUUAGCAAUCAAUAUGACUCGUUUAUAUCUCAAUUCUUUUUCAGUGAAAUUGUUGCUACAUAGGAUGGAUUGUAUUCAGUCUUUGUGGAGGGUCCUCAAUGGUAACACUGCAAUUAGAGAAGAAGAAAGUAUUCUUGCGGAACUACGGAGGAAUAGAGACAGAAUAUUGUCGGGAGUCUCUUUUUUCAAACCUCCUUCAUCUGCAAGUAAAACUAAACUUGAAAACAACAAAACCAUCAAAGGAAACAAACUUGAUUUCGUUAAAAAGGCAUCCAUUUUGUUGAAUCUCGAUGAAGUGCAGUGUCUUGAGAUCUUUCAGAUGUAUCUUGCAGUGGAGUACAAGGACACCCCAGCUUCCUUUAAUAAUGCGUUACAAAAUGUGUUAAGUCAGCAGAACUUGCUCAUACGACUUCUCCAUUUUUACUUUGCAGAGCGACUGUCAAGUCUGAACUGCUUGAGCCACGUUUUGUCGCAUUACAAAAACGAGGAUCAUCCUUUGUUCUCUGGACUAAAACAAGAAAUCGAAGAAAUGAACAAAUCUGAUAUAAGACAGUCUAUACUGGACCAAGUCAAGCAAAUUCUUGUACCAGACUAUUUUCACAUAACCGCAGAAGAUGAAAAUAUGUUAUCUGGGCACUCGAUAAAGACAAUUUUCAGUUCACAACUAAAAAAUGAAGUUGUAGUCAUUCUAAGAACACUUUUAAUUUACAAUCAUCACUUUCCACACUCAGCUGACAGCUAUCUGAAUCAGUGCAGGCUACUGUUCGGGCAGUUGUUGUCCAGUUCUGAUGUAAUGGCCGCAGGACUCAGUGUCAUCUUGACAUUUGAUGGAUUAGGCAUGGAACACAUCUUUGAACAUUUUGAAAAGGACAGAGAAUCAUUGGAGAGCCAUUACCUGGGAUCAGACAACGCAGCCUACGAGAAAGUGAACGACUUGUUCAGUUCCCUACCCUGUAACAGCACCAACGCCCCUCUCUUCAUAUCCUGGGCGGUCCUACGGUACGCUCUAGCAACCACAAACAAGGAACAAGCUCACUCCAGAUAUUUAGGACAGCAGGGUUUAAAAGGGGGCGGUGUGGGCUCCUUGUUAGCCUUCCUUCAAUCUCCUGCUCUCCAGUCAUGUUCUGUCACCCUGCAGCUCUCCAGGAUUACAGUUUAUAAAGUCCUGGCAACUACUCUUACUAUAUUUCAUGAAGAUACACUGGGAGAUGCCACGUCAUUGGCUCAAGUUAUAUCAGAAGUGUUGAAAGAGGAUGUGUUAUCUCUAGAAUUCUGGGAUGCUUGUGCUGAGAAGGGUGUGGGUGUGGUCCUCAGUUCGGCUGCUAGCACAUUCCCACAUUCCUACAAGCCCCUCACCAGUAUCUGUUAUAGUUUAGCUAAAAACACUGCUAGUUGUGAGAGGCUUGUACAGUUCGCUAGUUCCCUUUCGCUUUUCACCGCUGAGGUUCAAAAAUCAGUUUUCAACUCGACUGUGGUUGAAACGGACGAAGAUUGGCUGUACACUAACCCAGCUCCCCUAGCUCUAACACCCGGCGGGGAAUUCAUUGCCAAACCUAACACGCAGUGCAAUCUGCGCGAAACGCGCCCUACAACUGUGAUAGUGCAGUGGUUGUAUGAUUACAGCUUGUUUAGUUAUCUUGAUAACGAGUUGGCGUUCCUUUCCAAGUGGUCCGGGACGACUACUGAUCAGCACUUCUGUUGGAGACUGACAAGGUCGACUGAGAUAUUAAAAAUAGUUUACAAACUAACUAAACAUUACCCUGAUGUAUUUGAGGUACUAACCAAGACUAUAGACCUGAUAACAGCAAUAAUACCAAAGCUGCGAACAGACACCCACACCCACGUUGAGUUUACUGCAGUUGCUCUGAAACUCAUCUCUGUUAUUCCUCACAAAACUGGAUGGAAUGCACUCUACAAGAUCAACUUCUUACCUCGGAGUGACAACACGUUAGCAGCCUGGGAGGGUUUGUACACAGAGAUACUAAAUUACUACGAACGACCCAACACCUUGUUUCCAGUCACUAUAGCUCUGUUGAAACUCCUGAAGAGAGCUUGUGAGGAUGCAGAGUUUGUUAAAAACGAUCAGUACCUAACCGAGGGCGUACUGAUACUGCUGUACGUGUUGAGGGAUGUGUUUUGUGGAAUCCAGAAGUGGAGGUUUGAGAACGCUCUUGUCAAGCUCAAGAUGUGCAAGUCCAUUCUUGUUGUCAUCGCUAAAGUUAUGAAAAUCUACAAUGAGGCUCAGGAAGAACGCCAAGAAUGCAAAGCUCCGUUAAUGACGCUGAUAGAAGAGCACAUGUUACCAGCCCUCCACACUGGCCCCGCCCACCACACUCUGUUAAACAUCGUGUCCUGGUGCUCCGCUCUCGAUAAUCUCAAUGUUGAAGAGUAUGUCCAGAGGAAGGUAUGCUCGGUGGUUAGCCACACUCUCACAGUUCUCUCUCUUGUUAUCAAGCUCUCUCCUGCCAACUCAGGUUUGGAGCAGGCUCUGGUAGUAUCAACCGGAGAAAACAGCAACAUAACAUCACAGAUAGCUUCAUACACUUACCAAAACAAGAGUGUUAAAGUAAGCCUCCAUGCUACUAGACUUCUCACCGAUAUUUCUACCACCAACGCCGUCAGUCUGUACAGUGCAUUAGGCGGCAGUACAGUACCCCUAGCCCUCGCCUUUGUCAACAGACUCACCUCACGAUCCCAAGACGUCUACAUAAAAAGUUCUAUAUUGGACUUUAUAUCAGCUGCAGUGGAAACGCAGCCCAGUGUUACUGAACUGUUUAUGAGUAUUGAGAAGGAGGGUGUCUUAGGAGAGAACAGUUGUCUCCACCCAGUGCUGGACUACAUAACUCGUUCCACCACGCUCCCUCUUGUACUGGUGUGUUCGGUGUACAGACUGUUAUACAAGAUAUGGCAUUACAGACACACUGCUGCCAUUGCUGCUCUCAAAAACACCGAGAAGUUCUGGGAGAAGUUAUGUAAGCACUGUUUCGAAGAGAUCGACCUGGACAAGACCAUCUCCAGCUACCAACUCCUGAUCCGCGCGUACACAUUCCACAUCCUCGCCAACGACAUCUUCUACAACCCCAGUGAGGACACCUCCAACAUGGUGACCCAGCUCCAGGAGAGGGACUGUUUCCUGUACUGGACCAAAGUGCUGAAGAGGAUAUGUUCCUCUGUUGAGGAUAUCUCCCUGAAUCAGAACUUUUUGUCGGAAGAUCUGUUGUUCAUGUUACCACUGUCCGAGGCUUAUCUCUCGUUUGUCAGAGCGUGGCGGUCAUUUCUGGUCGUUACACUAGUUGUGCGUGAUAACAAGGACGAUAAGCUCAAGGACCAGAUUACGUUCCAUAUAGCUGGGGCUCUGUACAACCAAACUGCUAAACUUGACAAAAGAGUGACCCUGAAAGCAUCCGCGGAAUUUGCCUCGCUGCUGACGAUCCUGCUGAAGCGACAUAACAGAUCAAGUGAUCAGCCUGUCUUGAUAAGAGUUUGUGUGCAGGUUUUAGAAACAGCUACUAAAUCACCUCACGAUUUGAACCAAAUUGUAAUUAUCCCAGUGUUGGCAUCUCUUCUGAACGUUCUGCAAGGCCUCGAUCCUCAAUCAAAAAAGCAGGUGCUGAAAGACUCCGGCAGCACCAACGAGCUGGUAAUGCUGCUUUGUAGUCAGAUAACAUCUGUAAACCCUAAUCAGCUGGUGGCUCUCAGCUGUGCUACUCUAUCCCAGGUGAUAGAGACGACUGGGUCGGAACAGACGUGGUUCAGCACGAUCAAGACAAUAAUACCUGGCCUGGUCAGACUGGCCGAGGAGAAUAUACUUAGUGCUACUCACGAGCUUUGCAACUUGAGCGAAGAGCAGAGUACGAAAAAACACAGCAGAGCAGAGCACAAUAGCAAAGUCAAAAGAAACACAAUGAAGGUAUCAGAAGCACUGCUCUCCCUAAUGUUGUGUCUGACGAACUACAAGGAAGGUGCCGCAGCGCUACAGUGGUCCAAUAUUCAGCGCUUGCUGUGCUUUGCGCAGUUUUACUCUGAAAAGCUAGACAACUCAGUUCAACUACAGAGAUUGUGGUUUCUUGUCAUUCAGAUUGCGAUUAACAUGCUACAGACUUUAGAGAUGAAGUUUGCAGAAGAUGCGAUACUGUUCGCCAGCAUCCGUCACGACCGCUUCAUGUCCGUCAUCGGAUCCAUCAGGACCGACUUCUCUCACGUCAAUGAAGCGGAACUGUUCAGCAGAUUGUUGUACAGUCUGGCAUCAUAUCUUGACACGUGGCACCUCAAAGCCGCUCACUGUCUCUCAGAUGUCGGAACUAUAUUAGGUACCACAGUUCCCAUCAUAACACACUACCUGAUGACAACCGAGAGCACCACAAAGGAUGAUGAAAUAUCCAAGGUUCUGGCCAUGCUCUCAAAUCUAACAGCAAUGUUACGAAUCAUGACUCCCGGGAUUCUUGAUCUCCUUAAGGAAAAGCUAAGUGUCCAGUGUUCCAAAGCCCCCCUUCUGGCCCUCAGUUUCACGACCCCACCCCUCGGAUCAGAAGGGCCCCCCUCGUACGGCAUACUUACUGGUUGUAUGAGAGGAUGUUUGAUAUUGCUACAGAAAGUUGAUCCGUGUCGAACUAAUACUCCAACCAAGCCCGACAGCGAAACGAAAUCUGUCGGAACAAGUCAGAAAUCCCAGAUUAUGUUUGCUUUAGAGAACAUUUUGUACGUCCUGAUCUCCCAAGCUCAACAGAUAAUAAUGGAUAACAAUAUUAGUCCGUCAGAAAUAUACCACUUACGAAGGGAGCUGGGAAUGGAACUGAAAUCUAUCCUGGAAGGAGUAAACAGACACCACAGACGUGGAGGAUCAUCACCAAGAUUAGACCGGACUCUCAGUUCAAGCUCCAGUGCGGGAACCGUUUUGGAACAUCCACAGCUGGGCUUCUUUAAGCUUGGGUAUAACUUUGUCAAUAAUCUAUUGCAGACCUGAGGGAUAUUGAGCUAUUGUUGUGAUUGUUCCCAUGUGUUUAGAUUCGGUUAAAUAUAUUCUCGUAGUUUUUCUGACUGCGUUGAUUUUUAUCUAGUAUGAGAGGGUUGUACUUUCAUUCACAAUUAAACAACCGUUGUGACUUGAUAUUUAUUGACCUUUUAUUGUAAUUUGUUAUUAAAUUUUGAUAUGUGAAGAUGCAAGAAGUAAAA